AUGCAUGUGGCGGUGGAUCGGAAGAAGCGGACCGUGAGCUCGUUGCGAUGGCGAUCUCUUAAACACGCGUUCGAGUAUUUCUGGACAUUUCGUAUUCCGAAAAUUGUGACUGUUAGCAGGACACAAUCCUCCUUAUACUGCGGCUUCCCUUCAGACUCGGCCGAAGCCGCAAGAUUGAUCUCGGCCACGGCAUGCCGAUGCAGCUAUCGUUCGUCCGCGACCGUGGCUGAACUCACGCAUAUCAUCCUGGCCGGCGCGCCUGAGACCAAGCAUCUGCGGUGGGACGAGGAUCUAUUACAGACAUUCGACGACCCUCUCCGACGCUUCCUUGGUCAGGCUUCUGCUGUUGCUAAAAGCACACAGGACUCUAGCCAUGCCAUAGUCAAGUGGCGGACGGUACCCAUGCAUAAGCGGGCAGCAGCAAACAGUACGAAACCGCAGGACGUGUCUCAGCCAACGCAAACCAGAUCAUUCGACGCCUCAUACAAUGUGGAGGACCGUACGCGAUUUCUUGAGCAUACUCUCGCGCUGCUGGAUAAACUCCAGUCUUCGCAAAUUGCGCCAGCGGACGAGACUACAAUCAUGCCGUCAACAUUUCCUUCCUUUGCAACAACGGGACAAGCAUUGCUGGUUGACGCAGAUUACCCCUUCUCGGCGGCUGGCCAUUCUUCAAACACUGACGCAUUGUUGGAUAUUACCAAUCUUCGAAAGAUUCCAAACGCCCAGGACAUCAUCUCUAUCCAGCCACAGACAGUGACUGUCAACGUCCUGGCAGCCACUAUUUCUGUCUCGCCCUCGCGAACCGUCAGUCUGCGGAAACGUACCGGCGAGAUGGACAUCAUUGAGCUGGUGAUCGGAGACGAGACGAGGGCAGGCUUUGGUAUAAGCUUCUGGUUAACGCCUCUCGACAGCCAGCGUAUAGCAUUUGAUGAAUUACGCGACAACCUUCGUCGCUUGCGGCCCGGCGAUGUAGUGUUGGUGCAGAAUGUAGCAUUGUCCCCCUUUCAGGGCUGUGUCUAUGGACAGAGCUUGAGCAAACGCUUUUCCAGGAACGCCACGACUGUCACAGUCCUUCGUGAGCAGCAGGAACUGCCAGCAGUGUUGCGGUCCAAAUUCCAACAAGUGGCGCUAUGGAGAGAUCAGUUCGUGGGCCGGGAUGACGACCGUACCUCGGUAUUGACAUCAGGUCAGCUCAAGGCAGGCACCAAGGAAGCGUUGCCUCCCGACACCCCGCCAUGA